UUUACCUCUUCCUCGUUUUCAUGCUCUCUCACUCCUGAUACAUUCACUGUCUCUCUCUGCCACCCCCCUCUUCUUUCUCUUUCUCUCUCUCGUUGUCUGCGAGUAUGCUCAGUCAUUCAGCGCUGUGCACCGCUGUUGUUUCAUGAGGGUGGAGAGCCGGUGGGAAACCUGUGAUUGGGGAAAUAAGAGCCUGUGCCGGAGUCAGCUACCUCAGAGACAAACUAGGUACAGCGGAGGAACGCAGUGGCUGUGGAUUUUAACCUGCUCAUGUUAAGAAGAGAUGGAUUUGUGGGGCCUGUGAACUUUGGAGAGAAUGUACUGCACGUGUAAAAGACAUAAACAGAGCAUCAGGGAUUGCUGGAGAAACGGAGGUCUCUGAAGUCUUAUCUUGGACACUGUCUGAUAGAUCUGCGCCUGAGAGGUCGAAAAACCCAGCAAGUGUGAGUUAAAUCAUUGUGAUGUGAGUUGGAGACACAUAUUACGCAUGAUUUAACAGGCAAAAGAUACAGCUCAGCAAGGUUAACCUCAGACAUCUGUUAUACAUGUUUUCACCUGAGAAAGGGAAAAUUACUGUCUCAAGGCAGGAAUAAAGGAGUAACCUGUGAUGUCAGACUUCACCUGGGGCAGUCGUCUGAGACUCUGCUGAGCAGCUGUGGCAUUGUCGAGAGGGGGGGUGGGAAGGUGGGCAGCAGCAGACUUCAUUUCCAGGUGUGUAAACCACACCGGACUUGACUCACCUGACAUCAUCCCUUCUCUGUUUGAGUUCAGCCCCUCACCUCAUCUUCUCAGUAAUCCCUGCUCUCCAACUCGCCGCCACCUCUCGUUUCCUCCCCAUGGAGCCACUUGAGCAGCGAGAGUAGCGACGCUGAUUAAUGUGACUCCCAGCAGCCCGCGUCUGAUUCCACAGCACCAGAAAUAGAAAGCCGAAAGAAACAGCGGCAGCACUUGUGAACUGUCAUCACGUUGGAACAAGAAAAGCACCAUGUGGAAUCAAUCUGGAUACUGCAAUCACAUACCUCACCAUGGAUAUCCCUUCUACCAUGCACCCUGCAGUCAUAGCCAGAGGACCACGGCGUUUCGCCAUCCUGUGACCGGACAGAUUUCUCCAGAGAACAUGGAUUUUAUCCUGCAAGAACAGCCGCAGGGUGCUUCCAUGAUGUCAAAACCCACGGGUGAGCAGCUCUCGAGCACCACCGUCAGCGAGGCCUCCACUGCCAUCACCUCCUCCACUGUGGACACCACCUCUGCCUCCAAGGGCUCCCGGUCCAGUGGCAAGGUGCACAGCUUUGGGAAGAGAGAGCAGGCCAUUAAAAGGAAUCCUAAUGUCCCUGUGGUGGUCCGAGGAUGGCUGUACAAACAGGACAGCUCUGGGAUGCGUCUUUGGAAGAGGAAGUGGUUCGUCUUGGCUGAUUUCUGUCUGUUCUACUACAAAGACAGCAGAGAGGAAUUGGUCCUGGGCAGUAUUCCUCUGCCCAGCUAUGUAAUUUCACCCGUGGGACCUGAGGACCACAUAAGCCGCAAGUAUGCCUUCAAGGCUAGCCACACUGGUAUGCGCUCGUACAUUUACAAGCAGAGCUCUGUGAUUGGCUCGCAGGCGGAGCACACCGGGAUGCGGACGUAUUACUUCAGCGCUGACACCCAGGAGGACAUGACCACCUGGCUGAGGGCCAUGAACCAGGCCACGCUGAUGCAGAACCACAGCAACACACUCAUCAGACCAUCUGACAAGUUCGAGACGUUUAACAUGUUGCAGCAGCAGGCUGUCCCGCAGACGAACCACGUAAACAACCACAAGAGCGCAGACUCUGAGACCGUCAGACCCAUCAUCCACGAGGUUCUCCUGGAACCCAUUCACCGUGAUGCAGAUGAACGCUGCAGCUUCCACAAAGAUUCUCCUGCCACCACCAUAUCGGAGCAGCCCAUAGGAAGUACAGCACUGGAAAUGGACACACACACGUCCCUCCCCUCCAACCCUGCGCCCUCUGCCCUCCCACUGUUAGACCACAUGUCGGCCUCAGCGCCUGUGUCCAGGGUUCCAUCCCGGGCACCGUCUCGAGCCGCCUCGACACUGCCCUCCAGCGUUUGCACGAGGAACGGCCUCGUCUCAACGCCCAGCCCCAUCCUGGAGCCCAACGGGAUCGCAGCGGGGACGUACCAGAGGGCCCCAGCGCUGCCCCCUGCUGACACACACAAGCUGGUGCGCAGGAGAAGUGCUCUGGAGCAAGUGGAGCAGUGGGUCAAAGUGCAGAAGGCUGACCACAAAGGCCCCCCAUCCAGAGAAAACACCCUCCCUCGGCGCACACCCCCAACCCAGCACAAGUUCACUUCCAUAGAUGCAUAUCAGACCCUGCCAAAGACUCCUCGCCAGAGCCCCACGCCUGCCCGACUUGGCGAGUACAAGUACGCCCAGGACCGCCUCAGCCACUUCCGCCUCACCCCUGACCCAGGGCCCAACACCGUCUGGCAGCUGUACGAGUGGCAGCAGCGCCACCAGUACCGUCACGGCAGCCCCACAGCGCCACUCUACACCCCGGCCCCGGACUACCCAUUUGGCCCACGCCCCCCAUCCACUGUUCCUCUCUCCUCCUCAGCACCCAGGUCCGAAGGACCGCCCCGCUGUGUGUCGGUGCCACCUUCAGCUGCAGACAUCCCUCCACCAGGGCCGCCGCCUGGCUCCAGCAGAACGCUGUCGCCCACACGGAGGCCGCACACGCCAGCUGAACGGGUGACAGUCAGGCCCGUGGGUGAUAGAUCGGUGGUGGACAUCCCCUUCGCUGUUUCCCCCCGCAGGACCAAAUCUCAGAUGCUUAAGGGUGCUACUAUCGAGAGACGGUCAAUGCCUCCAUCUGGCUACAUCACACACACAGUCAGUGCACCCAGCCUUCAUGGCAAAACGGCUGAUGACACCUAUCUGCAGCUGAAGAAGGACUUGGAGUAUUUGGAUCUAAAGGUAGCUGGAAGUCAGACACUGAGGGAGUCAGGGAAACCUGUCAAGGUUGCAGAAAGUGAUGUGGAUGUGAAGUUGAGUCGGUUGUGUGAGCAGGACAAGAUCCUCAAGGAUCUGGAGGCGAGGAUCAGCUCCCUGAAGGAGGACAAGGACAAGCUGGAGAGUGUACUGGAUGUGUCCCACCGGCAGAUGGAGCAGUACCUGGAGCAGCCGGCCCACGCCCACAAGAUAGCCUACCAGCAGAGACUUCUGCAGGAAGAUCUGGUCUCCAUCAGGGCCCAAAUAUCACGCCUCUCCACGGAGAUGGCCCACGCCUGGGAGGAAUACAGCAGGCUGGAGAGAUCAAUGGAGCAGUUGAGGAUGUCGCUGCAGGCACACAUGAACCACAGCGCCACCUCUCAGCAAGAGAAAACUGAGAUGAAGCGCGAGCUGUGGAGGAUCGAGGACGUGAUGGGGGGGCUGAGUGCCAGUAAAGCCAACUACAAGAUCACCAUUGACUCUGUCCAGAACCCAGAGAGGAAAUUAGUGCCUUCGGUGUCAGACCCGGCAGUGCCUUCUCAUAGCAUAGAGGUCCAGCCUCCUCCUCGCAGCUCCAUCCCCAGCAUCCUCUCCCAUACUUUGCCUCACAGCACCGUGCCAAAGUGGGAAGAGGACACCGCUCCACCCAGGCCACCACUGCCUCGUCUCUACGACUACGAGGAGACGCCCCCUGUGGUGCCGCCUCUCCCCAAAGAGGCCUCGGUCAUCCGCCACACGUCAGUGCGUGGGCUGAAACGCCAGUCAGACGAGAGGAAGAAGGAUAGGGAGGGCGGGCAGUAUGUUGUCAAUGGAGACUGUAAGACUGACUUGCGGUCGUACCUGAGUGAACCAGAGCUGCCAGGACUGAGCCAGCACAGCACCGGGUCUGACGUUGAAUACCAGUAUUUCCAGAGCAAAGGUCUGCCAGGCCCCUCCUCUCGACUGAACCAGUCCAACUCCCUCUCCAUCGCAUCCUACGUUACCCUAAGGAGAGGCCCCGGGAGCUCCGCAGCCAGGGAGAGACCCAAGAGUGCCUUGGAGCGUCUGUCCUCCCCUACAGAAGCCCUGCAGCUCCCGAGCAGCCAGCCUCGAGGGCGAAUGACUGCGGAGGAGCAGCUGGAGCGGAUGAAGCGCCACCAGAAGGCACUAGUUCGCGAGCGCAAGAGGAACCUCAGCCAGGGCGAACGCUCCUGCGCGGGCCUCUCCACCUCCACUGUCACCACCCAGCGCUCCUCGUCCUCCUCCAGACUGCCCUCCGGCACCUCAGAUCCUCCGGUCUCUGUGUUUGACUGUCGGGAGGAGCGACUUGCUGCAGAGGGUCAGAGCGAUGAAGGGUGGAAUCAAGUGAAAGAGAGAGGGAGGAUCCAAUCAGAAGAGUGGGUGACGGCUACAGCCACACGCAUACGAGAGGUGGAUGUGGAGCCUCUCGACUAUGACCUGGAUAUCAGCCGAGAGCUGUCCAAACCGCGAAAAGUUUCCAUCCCGGAGCGCUACGUGGAGUCUGACCCCGAUGAGCCUCCGAGUCCAGAGGAGCUGGAGGAACGCUCCCGCCGGGCCGAGCGCAUCAAGAACCUCCUGGCCAAAUCUAGUUAUCAGAACAUACAGCCGUCUGCACCUCUGGACUUCGGUGAGCUGGACUCGGCUCUACAGCAGCAGGAGAGGAUCAUGAACGUGUCCCACGCGCUGGCCUCCGAGGCCUCGCGCAAGAGCAAACUGGUCGCAGGGACUGAGUGGCUGCAGCGUCAGCAGAGUGGCUUGUCUGGUCCAGGUACCUGCCAUUUCCCUAUUUGGGUGGUGUUGAUUCAUUGUAUUGUAUGUGUCAGUGUAUGCGGUUUAGUUUUGGUCAGGAAUGUGCACAGAUUGUUGACAAAGAGGACUCUAACCCCUAAAAAUCUGCUAGUAAUUUACAUGUAAUUUGUUU